CGCUGCCUGUUUGCUGUCAGUCUGUCGGUGAGCUCGUACCGGACAGGAUCAUGGAGGAGACCGAGGAGUGUGUGCCGGUGAUCGUGGAGGGGGUCUGGAGUGCGGCUCAGACUAAAACAGUGAAGAACAAACUUCAGCUUUACUUCCAGAGUAAGAAGAAGUCCGGCGGAGGAGAGUGCCGGGUGGAGGCGGAGGAAGGAGCCCUGCGAGCGGCUGUUUACUUCAGAGUAGAGGAGGUGAGAGAGAGAGUCCUCGCUCGUAAAAACCAUGAAAUCACUGUGGACAAUCAAGCUGUGACGUUACACCUGAGCUCUGCACCGAGUCCAGCGGAUGGCGCUGAUGUCUCAGAUUCAGCGACAGAUUCAAAGAUGCCAGAAUCAGAAGUUGAGCCUGGAGAUGGAGCUUCUGCAGAGAAACAAGACGAGUCCAUUCAGAGCUUCUCUGUGGUUUUGGACAAUGUUGGGUCCAACAUGUCUAGAGAUCUGCUGCUGAUGCUGGUGGAGACCAUCUCAGGUUUGGACGACAGUUUUUACAGUCUGGAGAUCAUCGUGGAGAGCGACAGAGCUGUGGUCACCUUUAAAAGCCCCGCAGAUGUGGAGAAGUUUCUCACUAUGAGUCAGACCAGCCAGAAGCUGCAGAAACUUAAACUGACCGCCUGGAAGUUAGAGGAAACAAAGAGCGUCCGAGUGGAGAGUCUUCCUUCUGCUGUGGUUGAAGACCUGUUGGAGCUGUUCUUUGAGAAGAACUGGGCUCUGCCAAAGAACAUCACCAUGGUCCCAGAUGAAGAGGCUGCCAUUGUCACCUUCCUUGACCCCAAAGUUGUGAAAAACAUUUGCAUCAAACAAGAAUACGUGAUUGGAUCCACUCCUGUCAAGGUGUAUCCAUACUACGAGUCCCUUGGCACCGCCCUUUAUGGAAAAGAACGACCAACAUGGAAGAUGCCUGAGCCUUUCACAGAGGGUGUUCAUCCCGUUAUCUGGAAAUUUCUCCAGAUGAAGAAACUGUCUAACAAAAUCAACGACCAGAUGCGUCCAUACUUCUGCAGCGUGAACAUGGAAAAUCCUGAAGUGAAGCUAAGCCCUAUCCCAAAUUUUUUGAGGCAGAAAGGUCUAACCGCCCAACAAGUCGAUAUGUGGAAGAGCACUGCUCAAGAUGCCUUCCGUCAGCACAUGUCUCAGUACACUGCAUUCGAAUGUACAACAAACGGACCUGCAUGGAAAGCUGCAGAGAAAGAUGUCCGUUCCGUCGUCAGGGAAGAUGCCCACCUUGUUUUGGAUGCAUCCAGGGGGGUUUUGACCGUGGCUGGGAAAGCUGACAAUGUAAAAACAUUCAGGGUGUCUGUGGAGAACAUCGUUAGUAAAGCCUUGAGUCAUAUUGAACGGCAGACAAAUGGAGUCUCUGAAGUAAUGAACUUGGCCCCUGCAGUUUUCUACAUCCUGCAGCAGGAAGGAAUUCAGAAAGCUACACAGGACAUUUCCCCUGAGAUGAACCUGUCCUAUGAUAAAAACUCUCAGAAGUUAACCAUUACAGGGCUCUCUGCAGAGGUUUCCAAGACUAAGGCAUGGAUCUUGGAGCGAAAUGUGGGUAGGAGUAAAAAACAGAUAGAACUUCAUUCAGGUCUUUUAGACUUUCUCAAGACCGUGGAUCCCAUGGACAUGUCACACCAUCUGUUCACCUCCCAUGGCAUUAGUGCCAUCUUCAGUGUUGAAAGAAAGGGGGUUUUGCUGUUGGGGAGUUCUGAGGGUGCUCUUGCUGAUGCAGAGAGAAAGAUAAAUGCGAGUUUAACAGUCAUGAUGCUGGAUGUGGAAGACCAGGCAGUUCUGAAUCUUCCCAACUGGGCUGAUCUACACCGACAGCUUUUGGACACUUACAACUCUUCAAAUAAGAAAACAGUGUCCAUCCAGAUCUACCCUGGAAGACAAGAUCAAAUAACGGUGGCAGGCUUCCUGAAUCCAGUGAAAGAGGUCAGUCGUAAUCUGAGUGAAUUCAUUAAGUGCUACUCCCGAAUUGAAGAAAGAAUUCGUUCGCAGUCUGCUGUCGUUGAGUUCAUUGACAAGAAAAAAAAACUAGAAUGGUCCAGCAUUGCAAAAGACAAUGAUGUGAAAGUGAAUUUGGAUCCACUAAGGCAAAGAAUCUAUAUCACUGGGGCUCGUCUCCAUGUCCAGAAAGCCAAAUCCUGCCUUGAGGAACUGACUAGUUCUCUCUUUAGUGACAACCUGAGAAUGAAUAAGCCUGGAGCAAAGAAGUAUUUCCAAUCUCAAGAAAGCUGGUUUCAGGCUAAUAUAAUGUCAGAGUUCAGUUGUGUGGUGAUGCUUCGUCCAGAGAAUCAAGAGGAAGAGGAGGAAGAGAACUAUGAGGAUGAAAAUGGCUUUAUUUACUGCAAAGUGAAGACUGCCGGUGGAGUCCUGGUGUCUGUAAGCAAAGCAGACAUUUGUCAUUUUGGAGUCGAUGCGGUGGUUAAUGCAGCUAACGAGGAAUUGCAGCACAUUGGCGGCCUGGCUCUGGCGAUGCUCAAAGCUGCAGGACCAGAGCUGCAGAAAAUCAGCAACAACUAUGUCUCCAAAAAUGGAAAACUACAUCCCAGUGAUGCCAUCGUAACAAGUGCUUGUAACCUACCUUGCAAGUACAUUGUACAUGCAGUUGGUCCUCGGUUCUCUGACUACGACAAGAAGACCGCAGUCUCCCGUCUGAAGCGUGCAGUUAGUGAAAGUCUGAGAAAAGCAGAAAGCGUGAACUGCUCCACCGUUGCGCUACCAGCCAUUAGCUCAGGUGUGUUUGGCUUUCCUGUUGACCUCUGCGCUGAGACCAUAGCUGAGGCAGUGCGGGAAUACUGCGACAGUCCAGAAAGCCCAGGAUCAUUGACUGAGAUUCACCUGGUAGACAACAAUGAUAACACUGUGAGGGUCCUGGCAGCAGCUUUCAACAAAGAGUUCAGUGAUCUUGGACCAACUAUGACUUUACCACCUCAGUCAGGAGGACAAAGUUCGAGGGCUUCAGGCGGGUAUCAACGGGGCAGAGGUCGAGGUGGACAACGGCAGUCACCAAGGGGGCGUAAGUUUAAUGAAAGAGGAGGACGAGGAGCUCAAGGAGGAGGACGAGGAGCUCAAGGAGGAGGACGAGGAGCUCAAGGAGGAGGACGAGGAGCUCAAGGAGGAGAACGAGGAUAUAAAGGACGAGGACAAGGAUAUCAAGGACGAGGACAAGGAUAUCAAGGAGGAGGACAAGGAUAUCAAAGAGAAGAAGGAUAUCAAGGAGGAGGACGAGGAUAUCAAAGAGAAGAAGGAUAUCAAGGAGGAGAAGGACGAGGAUAUCAAGGAGGAGGACAAGGAUAUCAAAGUGAAGAAGGAUAUCAAGGAGGAGGAGGACGAGGAUAUCAAGGAGAAGGAUAUAUAGGAGAAGGAGGAUAUCAAGGAGGAGGAAGAGGAGCUGGUGAGACAGGAGCUGGAUUUGAGUGGAGUCUGCAAAAUAACAGGGGUGGUCAGAGCCCCAGGGGACAUGGCAAACAUGGAGGGCAUGGAGGGCCUGGGAGGAUGGAGCAGACCACAAAUGAAGGUCUGAAGAUUGCUCUCUUGGAAGGAAACAUUCAGGACCAGACUACUCACGUCAUCGUCAACACCAUCGCAGAGAACAUGAACCUGACACAGGGCGCUGUUUCCAAAGCCAUCCUGCUCUCAGCCGGGCCCGGCCUGCAGGCAGCUGUUACAUCUGAAGCUGGCGUGUCCAUGCUGCAGUACGGAGACGUCAUCAUCACCGACAGCUUCAACCUCAUGUGUCAUAGGGUCUUUCAUGUGGUUUGCCCUGGAUGGGACAAUGGAGGCGGCCAGGCAGAGGAGACAUUGAUAACAAUCAUCAGAUAUUGUCUGGCGAAGGCUGAGAAACUCAAGAUGACAUCGCUGUCCUUCCCGGCCAUCGGUACGGGAAAUCUAAGCUUCCCCAAAGACGUGGUUUCCAGAGUCCUGCUGAAGGAGAUCCACAAUUUCAGCAGCAGCACAUCUCCUCGCCAUCUGAGAGAGGUGGCUAUCGUUGUCCACCCGAGUGACAGACAAACUGUGGAUCGUUUCACCAGAGACUUUAAAAGUCAGACAGGUCAGAGAAACUUCCAACAUGAAGCCCCCGAGUUCAGCCAUCCAGCGGGGCAAUCAUUCCGUCAAUCACAGCAGUCUUCAGCCUCCUUCGGUCAGGUGGGGUCCCCCUCUCUAGGCGUGUACCAGAUGCAGAUGGGCACUCUGACCCUCGAGGUAUCGUCUGGAGACAUCACCAAGGAGACGUGUGAUGUCAUCAUCAACGCCUCCAAUCAAACAUUUAACCUUCAAUCAGGAGUGUCCAAGGCGAUCUUAGACAGCGCUGGAAUGAGUGUUCAGAUGGAGUGCGCACAAAUAGUGAGUUCUCCUGGUUACCAACCUAGUUUAAUGAUCGUGACGUCAGCCGGGCAGCUGCCGAGCAGAAACAUCAUCCACAUCGUUGGGCAGAGCGACCCCGUGAGGAUCAAAGAAAUGGUUUACUCAGUGCUCAAGAUCUGCGAGGAAAACAAGUUCAAGUCUGUCGCCUUCCCGGCCCUAGGAACAGGUCAGGGAGGAGCCAACCCGUCGUUGGUGGCUGACGCCAUGGUGGACGCGGUGGUCGACUUCGUGAGAAAGAAACGCCCCAAGUCAGUUCACAGCGUGAAGAUCCUGAUCUUCCAGACAUUCAUGGUGAUGGAGUUUCACAAGUGCAUGAAGAAGAGAGAGGGAGAGGGAGUGGAGGAGAAGGGCUUCUUCACUAAGAUCAAAGGUACUGUUUCAGACACUUUCACUUCGCUGUUUGCUGGAUCAGUGGACAAGCGGACCAGGCCUGGUAACUUGGAUCUGGAGACAGAGGAGUUUGAACCUACAGAGUUUGAGUUCUGUGCUGACAACCAAACGGCUUUGGUUCUGGCUAAGAAAAAGAUUGAGAAGCUGAUUUUGGAUGAGCAGGCAGAGAAAACCAUCCAAGACCAGUACAUCAGUCAACUGUCGCAGGAAGACAUGGAGAAGCUGAAGGACCUGCAGAGGAACCUGACUGUGAGCAUCCGUCUGGACAAAGGGCAGGAGGACAAGGAGCCAAAAAUUCACCUGGAGGGUUUGACAAGGGACGUCUCCACCGCUGAGUCUACAAUCAGGGAAAUCAUACAGAGGGUGGAAAGGCAGGAGAACUUAAGAAGUAAGGCCAUACUGGCGAGUUCACUUGUAGAGUGGCAGUUUCAACACCCCAACGGGAAUAAUGUAUCCUUCGACAUUUUCAUCAACCUCAAACUGGAGGAGGCUCUGGAGAAAAAAGAACUUGUGAAGAUCAAGAUCAACAAUGAAAACUACAAUGCUGAUGUCAACUAUAGAAAAGCAAUUUCAGUAAAUGGACAUAAAAUGGUGGAGCUACUCAGAAAAGACUUGAAAAGCGAUGCUCCUCUGCCGUCAAAUUGGGAAGACAUGAAAGGCGACCUCAUCAAGCUGUUUGCUCUGACUGCAGGAAGCAAGGAAUACAAGGAUGUGGAGACGAAAGUAACAAAGACCGGUCUUACAAUAACCAUCAUCAGUAUUGAACGAGUCCAAAGUCCGACACUGUGGCAGAGCUACCAACUGAAGAAGAAACAUAUGGAGAAGAAGAACAAUCACACAAAAAACGAGAAGCGACUUUUUCAUGGUACAGGAGCCGACUCCAUCGAUCUCAUAAACAAAGAUGGCUUCAACCGCAGCUACGCAGGAAAACAUGCUGCGAUGUAUGGCAACGGCACAUACUUCGCUGUGGAUCCACGCUACUCAGCACAAGGCUACGCUAGCCCGGACACUCAAGGGCAUAAGCGCAUGUACCUGGCCCGGGUCCUGGUCGGAGACUUUACCCAGGGAAGAGGUGGCAUGCUCACCCCACCCGCCAAGAGUGGGAAUACUUCAGAUCUGUAUGACAGCGUUACUGAUAACAAAUCCCCUCCAUCCAUGUUCAUUGUGUUCAAUGACACGCAUGCAUACCCCGAAUAUCUUAUCACAUUUACAUAAACUACUACGAUCCUUUACUGCAACAGCUCUGAGAAAAAUGCACCUUUGUCUAAAGUGUUCCAGUUUCACCGAGCACUCAACACAAAAAUUUAUACGUAGUUACAAGUUAUAUUUUAAGCUCAAAAUGUAAGGAUUGGAACAAGCAACUUUUGGCUUAUUGAUACACAGAUUAUCAGGUAGUGUUGUAGUACUCAAAAUCGGUCUCUAGACCACUUCUUGAAGGUCUAGUCUCGGAAUUGAAAGCAUUUUCACUCACUGUCUUGUCUCUGCCUCAGACUGGGUGGACUCCAGAUUUUAAAUCAAGACCGGUCAAGGCCACCACUGAGAGGCUAUUUUCCCACAUCAUUACUGUGAUUAGAAGAAAAACGUCUCUUUCUAACAGAAAUUAAUAACUUAAAUUCAUUUGUAGUUUGAUUUUUUUACCACCUGGUUACAGCCGUAACCUUCAAGGUGUUGAAGACUAAAUGAGUGACACGCCUGCUGCACACAAGAUGAUAAUUUUUCAGUGAUAUUUAUGGUCUCGGUCUCGCCCUGCCUUGGUCUUGACUCACUCUUGAUCCCUCAAGGUCUUGGUCUGGACUCGAUCUCAGAGCACUCUGGUCUUGGGUAUACAUCCUGUUAGUGUGGUCUUGACUAAAACAAUAUUAUCAGUACAUAGAUAAUUGGCCUAUAAACGGAUCCAAUGGUGAAAUCUUUAAACUGCCUUCUGUAAUGAUCGUCUAAAAACAAAUGAAAUUCAGUUUAAUACUUCGCAGGAUAAGAGUUUGUUUUUUUCCUUGCAAAUGAACAUAAAUGAUUAAUCACAUUUUCAAAAUGUUUACUGAUAUACCUCUCUCAAGGGCUCCAUUGAUAUUUCUAAGCUUUCUGUGAUAUUCUGUAUUAAAUACCUAAUUUUUCCAAGGGGCAGUGUUGUUUUGUUGGUUUUUGUUGUUUAAACACUCCUGGAUAAAUCUAGCAGAAACCAUCAUAAGGCUGCUGUGUUUAAAAUGUAUUUCUGCUUAAAUUGUUCGAAUUAAAAAACCAAGCUCCCAAGCCUUGAGUUUACGUCCUAAUCCAACUAAUUUUUUCCUCUUUGUACUUUUGGUUUUACUUUUAAAUAAACUCUGAAAAACUUCAA